AUGAGAUUUCCCAGUCUUGUAGCUUUCUUCUGUCUAUCAAUAUUUUGCUCAUCCUGUUUGAGUAACACUCCUUGUCCGAAGCAAUGCCAUUGUUAUGUGCUGCAGAAUGUCCAUCAAAUGAACUGUUCAAAUUCCAUGCUGGAACAAUUUCUUCCGUUCGAAAUGAUUCGCAACAAUUCGCAUUCCUAUCCUACCAGAUUUGUUUCGGAUAGUUAUGAAUUAAUGAUUUCGAAAGUGAUAGAAUUGGACAUUUCACACAACAAGAUGGAAGAGGUCCCGAAUCUCGACGAUUUUUGUCGCCUGAAACGGUUGAAUUUGGGGCAUAAUAGGAUAUGUAGUAUUCCGGAUAAAAUUCUGGCACCUUUAAAAUAUCUGGAAGAAUUAAAUUUGUCGCAUAACCAGAUUAGUCAAAUUUCCAAAGUUGCUUUCAAAAAUUUAUUUUCUCUCCAAAAAAUUGAUCUUGGCGGAAAUAAGCUGAAAACGUUGCCACUACUGCUGCAUAUUCCUGAUCUGAAAGAGCUCUAUUUGGAUGAUAACUUAAUCGAAGAUAUUCUCCCGGAAUUGCUCAAUUCCUCAAAUCUGCAAACACUUUCACUUGCUAACAACAGAAUAUCCUACAUACAACCAAUGUUACUGAUCAAACUAAAAAAUUUGAAUUUGGCUCAGAACCCUCUCAUCGAAGUACCACAGAAAGUUUUACGUGUAGUCGCAUCGACAUUGAUUAAGUUAAAUCUCAGUUCAACGCUUAUUACGACGAUUAGAAGUAAUGAUUUCGCUAACCUUCUCGCCAUCCAGGAGAUCGAUUUAUCCAAUAAUAAAAUAGCGAUAAUAGAAGAAAACUCGUUCCAGAAUCUUCCCAAGCUGCAGAAACUUUACCUAAACGAUAAUCCGGAACUGGCGCAGGUUUAUUACGGUGCAUUUCGACUACUCCCAUCACUUGUGCUAAUUCACCUUCAUCACUGUAAUCUGUCAAGAUUGCAUGACCUCAGUAUGCAACUAAAAUUGCCAUCUCUACAGCAUUUGACCCUAUACGGGAAUCCAUUACUUUGUGAUUGCAAUUUAACAUGGCUUCAACACUUCAAACACAUUUUAUUAGACAGGAAAGGAUACCAAAAUUUGUAUAAUUCUGGAAUCGUGAGAAAAUGUCCACCAAGGAGAAUUGAUUUAUCGUCUACAUGUACUGCCAUGGAACGACAGAGAUUGGUUGUGACCUGUGACACAGUCGAUCAUUCACAAUCAAUCAUUCAAUGGCGCGAUUCAACAAAUACUGAAACUUUGAAAAGACAAUUCUUAAUGUUUGAAAAAAUCAAUCGGAAUCAAUUCGAUACCUAUCGAUGUUUAGCAUAUUCUUCUGAAACAGGUUUAUUCGAAGCAAAAAUUUCGGUGGAUAUUCCUCCUCUUCAACUACAAAUGCAUUCAAUUAAUUCAAUAAUAACGCAGAUGACAUGGUCCGGAAAACUUCCAUUGAAUACAACCGAACUUCGUGUUCGAUUUCGGAAUGAUUGGACAGAAUUUGUGAUCGAUGCAGUAGCGGACGAACAACAAAUAAUAGCAGGAUUCUUUUCGGAUAUGCUUCCGAAAACAGUUAUUGAUUUCUGUCUACUAGAUGGUGAAAUAGAAUUGAUUUGCGAUCAUUUUGAUAAUCGUGAUAAUGAAUAUGAGAUAGAUUGUUACAUAUUACUAGCACCUGCCAUUAUUCUUUGUUGUCUCCUUUACUGUUUGUAUUGUUUGGUGUCUAAGCUUGGACAGGUAGUUCGAAUAAUUAAGAUGUUGAGAAUGGCAGCAAACCUAGAGAGAAACGAUUCCAAUGCUUCAGCAGUGAAAAUUUUGACUAAACCAAAAUUAGAAAUUAGAGCAUAA